AAUUGCUGCUGCUCGUGGGUCAUUUAAAACACGUUGUUUACCGGAGCUGAAUUAGAACACGACCCCGCACAAUAACUAUGCAUCGGCAGUCUGUAGUGGAGGAUUCUGCGAGCGAGGCUUCAAAAAACAAUCUUCGCGAGGCAGAUAUAGACGAAAUGGAAGCAGAAAGGGAGCAUCUUGAGACUCUUAUUCUUCAGUCCGGUGCACGGAAGACAAAUCUGCUUGAUUUACCAGUCGAGAUUCUGACGGAGAUUGUCAAGGAGGUGGGACAUAUAAACGGUUUGGCAUCACUGACUCUGACUUGCUCCGUUCUUCAUGCAGUAGCGAUUCCUGUCUUAUAUUCUGAGUUCAAUGUCGUAUGGCCUGAUCUUGGGCACUCGCCAUAUCAUUCGGGGAGAUUGGAAGCGCUUUCUCAAGGAUUGGCGACCUUGACUAUGGGCGAGGAUCUCUUUGAUUCUUGUGAUGAGCGUGGCCGCAACGGCCCCAAGGAGUUUGGCGUACCUGAACCUGCAGUUGAGCUCAAGAAAAAACUACGACGGGCAAACAAUUAUGCAAAAUAUACGAGGAAGAUCGAAAUUGCCAAUAGCCCAACUGAGCAGUUUCAGCCCUAUUACCUUCACCUAGAAGUAGGGAAGACAUUUAACAACCUGGUUGCAUUGGCAGUGUCUAAAGCAGUCAAUUUGGAAACAUUCAUCUGGGACAUGCCAACAGGGGUCUCAGGAGCCGUGUGGAGAGCGCUUUCAUCUGUGGCAAAUCGUCCGGGACACAAUUGUCGCCUGGAGAGGGUUUGGCUCCGAUGCGACCCACCUGACACUGAGUUGGCGAUGCCAGCAGAAGAGUUUUUUGCGUGGGAACUAUCCCAGAGACAUACCUUGGUUGAAUAUCCCACAUUAUCUAUCCUGCCUCCUGUGAAGAGUUUGACUGUUCUGAAAAUCAGCGAGCCCUCCUGUGCGGAAGAGAUAGCUGUGCUCAUUGAACGCUCUCGAGAUCGACUCAAAGAGCUGCGCCUGAGCAUGGACCCGAUGAAUCGUGCAUGGUCGACGCCGCCAGCGGAUGCUACUUGGGCGUCCUUGAAAUGGCCUAAGAUCGGCGGUUUUCUUGAGGUUCUCACGGGCCCAUUUGAGGUUACCAUGUUCCCACCGUCAAAGCUGGGUGCAGAGGGUUCAGAAAGGCGACACCCUGAUACCAACAAAAACUACUAUGUCUUCCUAGAGCUCGAGGUCCUGGAGCUGGAAGACGUAGUCAUGUCUGUCCCGGUUUUGAUGCAGACUAUUGACUGGACUAAAUUGACUACGCUUACGAUCUUGGAUUGCGGGGGACAUGAGAGCCUCUGGAGAAAUAUUCGCAGUCGAUACGCUUCAUCCAGCAUGGGACCUUCAGCACCCUCUGACUUUCCCCUGAGACUCAAGCAUAUCCAUACAAGUCGAACUUCUCCCUGGCUUAUGUUGUUCCUCAGGGACACCAUUGCGCCAAAUACCCUUGAGACUGUGUUUUUACAUGAGGUUGUGUGGCCACAUCAGUCAAGGAUCAGUCGCGAUAUGAUAUACCGAAUCGUAUUCCAGAGACAUCAUUCAAGCCUGAAGAGAUUGCUCAUCAAUGUGGCUGAUAAUUACCACAUAGCAGAUGAAGCAUUGUAUCAUUGGCGCAGACUGAGAUUCGACCGGAAAAUGCUCUCAUUUAUCACAGGCGGGAAGAUGUCGCAGCUUCAAGAGCUUUCUAUGGGUAUUGAUGCACAGGACCGGAGUUACUUUAUCCAAGGACUAACGAAUCUCCCAAAUCUGCGCGCUCUGCACAUCAUUAACACAUGCGAGGAAUUAGUAUCCCGAUCAGACGUCCUCGCCCAUCAGCUCAAAGACAUAGUCGGUCUAAUGCCCCACCUCUCACUCACCUACAUCGCAAUUACCGACAAGUGUUACGAAAUUGUCGAUACCCGCUACGACGACUCACUCGAUACCACCGACGCAGCGGCCGCAGAGGAUGAGGAGCUGGAUUUCUCAAACUCCGACACCGAGCUCAUGCCUGAUGAAGAUUUCAGGCCAAAUAAUCCGCACUAUCUAAGCUCGGAUAUGAGAUCGCAGCCGGACCCUUGUGAAUGGGGGCUGGAGGACGACGAAGAUUUGUUUGAGGGUGAACGGCCUCCUUGGGAAAGAUUCCGGUUGCGUGAGAUAUUGUUUCCUGAUUAUGAGGUUGGGAUUUUUAAGGCGAGGCAUGGGGCUUUAUGAGGUGUUGUAUUUGGGGUCGCUCCCCCUAUUUCCUGUACUUUGAAUUAUUAAACAGGAAGAAACUAGUAGCGAGCGGUAUGGACAGGCUGCUCCAUCGGUAGAAGAAUUGUAGCUAAGUGCAAACUUCAACCAGGG